UUGUAUAAUUGAUUUGCUAAGAAACAAAAUCUCAUACUACUGUUUCAUAUAUAAUUUCUCAAAAUUUCACACUCUGAUUUGCAGUUGGCUGAUAAAUUCUCGAAACAGUUUUUGAGUUAGUUACAGAAAUUAUGUUUUCAGAGCACAUCGAAGAUCUUUACACUCUACAAAUGCAGAAAGAAGAGGAUGAUAAGGAGUUCGAUUUGGCUUCCGAUGAGCACGAUACUCCGUCGCCACUCGCGGUUACUUCCAGGGUAUUGUACAUGUUAGGUGAUAUUACAGCCGGUUCCGCCUAUAGAUUUGCUCAAUGGCUGGAAUUGGUUCGCAAACGUAGUAGUGAUCGGUCCUCAGGAUUCCCUAACCGUCCUAUUCGUUCCGAUAGUAUGCAAUUAUUGAGAACAGGAGAACCAAGAGUUAGUUCAACUAGUUCUGCCUAUAUUGAGCACAGUUCGGAAUUUACUUUAUGGGAAAGACUUGGCAAAGCAGCCAUGCUGGACAUCGAGUCUACCUCCUUUUCCUGGAACAAUCUUUCGUCUCUUCACCAUACUGAACAUAGUAGUAGCACUGAACAACCAGAGGAUGAGAUGAAUAAAGCACUAGAGGUUACAGUUAAUUCUGGAGGAGUUGUCUUUUUUGCACUUUUCAACACACCUGAAACUAAUGAAUCACCAUCUAAGGAAGCAGUUGCGGUGAUAAAAAUAUCUUCUUCGAGGAUGGCCACACAGUCAGAGCGCCUUGGUUAUGAAUUUGCGAAGUGGCUUGGCGUCCGAACUCCACAAGCUAGAGUAGUACACAAUCUUGGUCAUGAGUGGACGCAAAUUAAGGAAGCUGCCGAAAAGGCAAGGCAAACAGCAAUUAUGGAAGGAGAUGAAGUUGCUGAAAUGACAUGCUCCGAACUUCUAGAAGCUCUUGAUCUGAGUCGAUGUUUACUUCUGAUGAAUUAUAUACAUGCAUCUCCUCUGUUGGAAAGCUCAACUGCAUUUGAGUCGCAGGAAGCUGCUGAAAAGACUGCAGCUGCCCUUGGCCGAAUCUUGAUGUUGGAUCUUGUCAUUAGAAAUGAAGAUAGACUUCCUUGUCGUGAGUUAAGAUGGCGUGGAAAUUCUGCAAAUCUUUUGUUGGCGGACAAGAUGGCCUCAGCCAAUAUUGAUGGUAUGGAAGAAGCUUUUGGAAGUGUUUUUGAUAGAUAUAGACCAAGAGUAUUCCAUUCCAUGCCGAAAGAACGUCGAUCAACUUCAGUAGAUAGUAGCGUGAACCCUCAUAGUCCAAGACUUGUAUCACAGGGAUCUGAGCUUUCAGACGUUAUAGAAUCUCCUAAAUCAAGCAAUAUGAGUCUAAAAAGUCAAAGUUCGAUUGACUUGAUGUCCGAUCUUCAUAUUGUGGCUAUUGACACUGGUGUUCCUCGACGGCCCCCUGCUAGGAAACGUGCAAAUGAUCGUACAAUUUACCCCAAGUUCGUUGAGCUGCUCAUUAAUAGCUCCGAGUACGCUUCAAAAAUUCUAAAUGAAGUCAGCGGGGGUAAAUUAGGGUCUACAUCUAACGACUCUGGUACAGUAUCUGAUAUGCUCAUAAAUGACAUGACUUCAGUUGUUCGUUGUUUCCGGAGUGGGUUCCGAGCAGCUGUCAGGGACUUGCAGGGAUUCCAUAUUUUCCUUCUAACUCUUCAUCAGAAACUGGAUGGCUUGUUACGAGCAUUUUUAAUAAUUAUUAAUAAAACUUCACCGGAGUAUGAAAAAGAGGAAACAGUAGUUCCUAUAUCCCUUUCUCAGGCUGUGGGUGGUGGUGUCCAUGUUCCAUCUUCACCAGGCAAGGAACACAUGAUGAAUCAUAACCAUCCAGAUUCAAAUGAUACAGAAUUGCAAAAAUCUGCCCCUAGACCAUUGUUACCAAAUGGCAAAGAGAACUCUGACUCUAUUUCACCGGUGUCUCGUGAUGGUUCACAUGGAAAGUUUAACAAAGGAAGCUCAGAACCCCUUCUUAGCCAGCGUUUGACAGCAAAACUCCGCGACUUCCACAAAUUUGCCAAGGAUGACGCAGAAUUAAACAAAGAAUGGGAGCAAUGGAAUGAAAUGCUGAAAAACGAUGCUAUCAGGCUAUGCCAGGAGAACAAUUUCGUUACAGGAUUUUUUGAGGGCAGUGAGAGUAAUUGUGUUAUUGAUGCUUAUGAGUUGAAAGUUAGGCUUGAGCAUAUUCUUGAGAGGAUUGCAUUAAUAUCUGAUGCUGCAAACACAGAAAAACCAUCAUUAGUCUUGGGUGGUCAGUUUAUUGGUGGUGCCCUGGCUGCGAGAUCUGUGCAUACACUGCAACAUAUAGGAAUUACACAUAUUUUGUGCUUAUGCUCCAAUGAGAUUGGACAGUCAGAUUCACAGUACCCGGAAUUAUUUGAGUACAAGAAUUUUUGUAUUAGUGAUAAUGAAGAUGCAAACAUUCAAGAUAUCUUUGGAGAAGCCCAUGAUUAUAUUGAUCACGUUGAACAAUUAGGUGGGAAAGUUCUGGUUCAUUGCUUUGAAGGAAAAAGCAGAAGUGCAACAGUCGUUCUUUCGUACUUGAUGCUCAGGAAGAACUUCACUUUAUUGAAAGCGUGGAAUAAUUUGAAGCGAGUUCACCGUAGAGCUCAGCCUAAUGAUGGAUUUGCAAAGAUACUUCUGGAGCUGGAUAGGAAGUUGUAUGGUAAGGUCUCCAUGGAAUGGCAACAGCGGAAACCAACUAUGAAGGUGUGCCCGAUAUGUGGAAAGAAUGCUGGCUUAAGCAAUAGCUCUUUGAAGCUUCACUUGCAAAAAUCGCACAAGAGACUGUCGUCAGGUAGUGUGGACAGCGCCAUGACAAUGGAAAUUCAAAAAGCUCUGGAUGUUUUGCAGAUAAGUCGUGCUGGAAGUGCAAGCCCUGCACCGAGGCAUUGUCAUCAAGGGAUAGACGGGUAGAUUAUUUAUUCCUUUGUUGACUGUAAAUUUAAUACCACUUUUGAGCUGAUGAAGUUAAAGCAUGAAGCACAGUCGAAUUUUAAUUUUAAAAUAACAUUAUAAUAUAGGGUAUAAUACUAAUAAUAGUUGCAGUGGAAAGAAAAGAUGUAAUUUGUAUGCUAGGUAAUGUACUUGUGGUUUCUGUAGUACGUUGUAAUAUUUUUGGCGAACUUUUUAAAGAUGUCAGAUAUUUCUUAAA